AUGAGCACCAAUACGGGAAAAAGAAAAGAGGCGCAAAUUUUGGGCCUCUACCCGCGUUCCGACCGUACGCACGAAAACCAUCCAGAUCCGCGACGUGGUGUUGGCAACAUCUCGACUACACCACAGCGCUUGGAAGAUGCAGAGAAUCCCGGCUCGGAAACGUCGACAACAUCCGUAGCAGUAAAGGCUGGAUACUAUACACGGGAGGAUAUUGAUAUCAUGAAUGCCGUCUUACACACGCCACCAUCGGGCACCUCACCGGCUCCCACCGCCGGCCACGACCGGAGGUUCAUCACGCUGGUUGGGCCGCCACCGGCACCCAGCAAGGACACAUCAGAGACCUCUACGACAACGCAGUCUACGAGACCACCCCCACAACAGUUGUCGCAGCCGCGUCUGCAACCGACCGCCAGCCAGCAACCGCAGCCGUCGACGAGUUCCCCCACACUACCGCCAUCGCAGAAGCAGCCACCUCCAGCAACUUGGCAGCCAAGCGCCACACGCGACGGGGAGGAGGCUCAAAUCUCGACCACUCAGUCCGUAGUAACGUCUAUUUCUUCGCUCACGCCCUCCCCCUCGCAACGGCCUGAGAAGCAGCCCGACUCAGUAGCCACGCCGAUAUCACCACCCUCUGAGCUGAGCCGCGACGCCGAGGCGGGCAUCGUUAUUGGCAGCAUAGCCGUCGGCCAACAACAUCUUUACCAGCCGGAACAAGAACCUUGUGCCGCAGCGGGCCAUUUCCCGACCGUUUCCGCUGGACCUAUCCUCGGCGCGACUGGGGUCGUCGGGCACGCCGCGGUCGCCACGCGCGGCACCCGUGGUGGCCAUGACGGAGAGGCCGCUACCGCCGCUGCCCGUGCGACAGUCGUUGAUGGGCGGCCGGAGCUCGAGCUCGUACAGCCGUUUGCCAUGAGGAGUACAACGACAGGAGCGACUGUAUUUUUUUUCCAGCGUGAACAACAUCCUUGA